AUGAACCCCGGAGCCAUGAGGAUCCACAGCAAAGGAAAUGCCCAGGGUGAAAUCCAACUCAAAAAUGAAAAAAACAGACCAUCUUUGAAAUCUCUGAAAACUGUUAACAAACCAGAAAAAUCCAAAUAUAAGCCACUUUGGGGAAAGAUAUUUUACAUCGACUUACCUUCUGUCACUAUUUCUGAAAAACUGCAAAAGGACAUUAAGGAUCUAGGAGGGCGAGUUGAAGAAUUUCUCAGCAAAGAUAUUAGUUAUCUUAUUUCAAAUAAAAAGGAAGCUAAAUUUGCACAAACCUUCGGACAAAUCUCUCCUGUACCAAGUCCAGAAUCUGCAUAUACUGCAGAAACCACUUCACCUCAUCCCAGCCAUGAUGGAAGUUCAUUUAAGUCUCCAGAUUCAGUGUGUUUGAGCAGAGGAAAAUUAUUAGCUGAAAAAGCUAUCAAGGAUCACGAUUUCAUCCCUUCAAAUAGUAUAUUAUCAAAUGCCUUAUCGUGGGGAGUAAAAAUUCUUCAUAUUGAUGACAUAAGAUACUACAUUGAACAAAAGAAAAAGGAAUUGUGUUUACUCAAGAAAUCAAGCACUUCUAUAAGAGAUUUGGGGAAAAGAGUAGGGGCUGGCACACAGAAAACAAAAACAGGUAGACUCAAAAAGCCUUUUCUAAAGGUGGAAGAUAUGAGUCAACUUUAUAGACCAUUUUAUCUUCAACUGACCAAUAUGCCUUAUAUAAAUUACUCUAUUCAGAAGCCUUCCAGUCCAUUUGAUAUAGAUAAGCCAUCCAACAUCCAAAAGCAAACUCAGGGUAAACUAAGAAUCGAAAUGGAUGGUGAUAAAUGUGAUGAAAUCCCAACUCAACUCCAAUUGAAAGAGAAGAAAAAAAAAGGAUAUUGUGAAUGUUGCUUGCAAAAAUAUGAGGAUCUUGAAACUCAUCUCCUAACUGAGCAACACAGAAACUUUGCACAGAGUAAUCGCUAUCAAGUUGUUGAUAACAUCGUAUCUAAGUUAAUUUUUGAAUUUGUGGAAUAUGAAAGGGACAUGCCUAAAAAGAAAAGAUUAAAAUACAGCGUUGGGUCCCUUUCUCCUAUUACUACAAAUAUCCUGAAAAAGUCUGAACCAAAAGAAAAGCUAGAAUUGCAACCAAUUUUUCAGAGAAACUUCAUGGAAAAUAAUGUACAGGUAAUCAAGCGGAGUUGUCUAUAUAAAGAAACCCAGCAACCUGAAGAGAAGCUUGUGUUUAUUUCAGAGCACAUCCCUAACCCUUCAAAUGAACUGAGAGGACUUGAUGAGAAAACAAAUCAAUGUUCCACGUUAAAUCCAGCUGAAAAUGACAUAAGACAAAAUUUUACACAUCUAUCUCCAGGUAAAAACAGACAGGGAUGCAUUCUUGAUAUUUCUAAAUGUAAAUUAAUUAUAAAUGAAAACAACUUGGAAGAAGUAAGAACAGAUCAUUGUCUGUGUAGGCUGCAGACAUCUAUACAAGUUUCUAAUUUCAAUAUAGAUAAUAGUUCAUCUCAACCAAAACAAAAAUCAGAUGCUGUGCUUUUUCCAACAAAGGAUCUGAAGGAAAAGGACCUUCAUUUAAUAUGUCAUGAUUAUAGUCUGUCAGCAAUGAACAGUUCACAGGAGCACCAAACUAUUCAGGCAAACACUUCAUCCCAAAGUUGUCUCGGGGAACCCAAUGAAUGUGACAUCAAGAAUAUGGAUAACUUACCUUCUGGUAAAAUCUGUCGGAAAGUGAAAAUAUUAUUACGAAGAAAUAAAAAAGAAAAUCUGGAACCAAAUGUGGAUUUAGAUGAGAAAAGAACUGAAUGUCUUACUACACAAGAGGAAAACAGAAUUUGUAGUUCACAAUCUCUACUAGACUUAUUUCAGACUAGUGAAGAGACAUCAGAAUUUUUGGGUUUCACAAACUACACCGAAAAUGGUGGAAUCUGUAAUGGUUUCGAUAUUUGGAGGGAGGAUGAUUCAAAUCUGUCAUCAAUGUUUUCCUCUUUCCCUUCAAAUUCUACAUUUACUGGCUUUUAG